AUGGGUUCAGCAACAAGCACCAUGCAUCACCUCCCAGAGGCGAUACUGACAGAGAUUCUAGCGAGGUUACCCUUAAGAAGCAUCUCUAGAUUCAAAUCCGUUAGCAAAACACUGAAAGCAACACUCGAAUCUGUGUAUUUCAGACGUCUCUUUGUGUCUCUACAUAAGGACUUAUCUUCCUCUUGGUCGCUAAUCUCACCCGGAGGAAAAGAACUGAUAGGGUUCCAUGGAUGCAAGACUUGGGAUCUUCCAAAGUCCCUAGGUUCGUUCAUCUCACUGCCUCUUGGUUAUGACUUUAAGGCUUCUUCCAAUGAAUUGGUUUUGAUUGAAAGACAUGACGGUUGCUCCUAUGUGGGCAAUCCAGUUUUACAACAGUGGGUCAAAAUCCCUCAGCCUCCACCUGAUUACUCUAUUGUUCUUGCUCUGGUGACUCGCGUGGACGAGGACGGCGUCGUUUUGAGUUUUAAAGUGGUUAGGGUAGCUACGGUGGUAUUUGAGAGUUUUAAUCACUCGUGGACCUUGAAUGUGUUUGUGUAUUCCUCUGAGACAGGGAUUUGGACUUCCAAGAUUCUUCACUGCCCUCAUCUAAUCGUAAGCAAUCGUGUUGCUAAGAAUCUAAAUGGCACUAUUUACUGUAUCAAUGGACUUGGAGUAGUAGUAGCUCACGAUUUCUAUUCUGAGUCUGAUCACUUCCUGGUUGUACAUUUACCGGAGAAUUCCAAUCACAGCAGCAACAACAACAACAACGGUGUCUUGACCACAUCCGGAGGGUUCAUCAUGUAUAUGAAAUCAUUAGAACAAGAGAGAAGAACUGUUUUGAAGGUUUGGAGAUUGAAUUACAACGAUAAAUCUUGGCAACUCUUGUAUGAGAUUAAUAGUCUCUGUGGUUUUGUACCCAUAGCGAUGCAUCCAUUUGAUAGUGAUAUUGUCUAUCUAUGCUACCAACAGAGUCAUCGUCGUCAUCUGGUAGCAUGUAACUUGGGGACGGAAACACUCAUCGAUCCAGCUAGAGAAUCUAAUGGAGAUUUUUACAUGAAUCAGUCUUGUUUUGAGGAAUAUAUGGAUAAUUUAAGACCAUCAGAUUGGGACUAUACCGUUGUAAACCGGUUAUUUCAAUCCGUGCUCCCACGGUGGAUGGAACCGGUGCCUCGUCCUCCCCUAGUUGAGAUGAUAGAUACAUCUUCAUUACUUUCUCAAGUUGCAUGA